AUGGCAAAAGUGUUUUCGCGGCUCGAUGCGGACCAUGGAACUCGAUUCCCGGGCCGCUCCCCACUAUCCUCCGGUCCAGCCGAGCGAAUAUCCCAGAUCCCCACUCGAACGCCACCAGCAAUUUUCGAGAAACUGUAUGCUUCUUGCGUCAGUGGUGAUAUCCAUCGAUUUCGGGAAAUCCUCGACUCGCAAAGUGUUUCACUGGAGAGCUCUGAUAUUUGCGACUUCUCUGCGAUAAUGAUCGAAGCCAUCAAGCUAGACGGUGUACAGUUCAUCCAAGAACUCCUUACUCGCGGCUUGCCCAUGGACCCACUCUACGCACUGGAAGCCGUCAGAGUGAAGGGGAAGGAUGCGUUGGGAGGAAAUGAAGAGAUGGCCGCUUGGCUCCUUGAUCAUGGAGCCGAUCCCAACAGCCCAUGUGUUGUUGAUCUCACACCACUUUCCCUUGCUGUCGAGACCGCCCCGAUCUCAGUCGUCCAGCUCAUGCUCAGUCGUGGCGGCGAUGCGCGCAAAGGCCAACUCCUCCAUCACGCAGCCGAACGGCAGUCAGAUAACAUUGCGAUCUUCAGCCCUCUCAUCGAGAACGGAGCGGAUAUCGAUUCAACGCUGUACGAAAACCAUCAUCCGUCCCGGGCGCUGUUCUGUUUCCUGGCACUCGGAACGACGCUGCACGAAGCAGCCGAACUCGGCAAAGUGGAUGUAGUUCGCUACUUGGUCAGCGAAGGAGCCAACGUGGGCUUCAAAGAUGCAACGGGGCGCACAGCUCUGGAGUGGGCGCAAAUGUUGAAUCAGGGGGAGGUCGUCCAGGUACUCGAGAAACGGAAUUAGCCUCGUCUUUUCUGUUGUUCAUGAUACGUGCAGCUGUGUACCUGCUGGACGGAUGAAUUCGGAGUGUCUUUCCGCUUUUGAUCAAGAGUUAGUUCAGCGCGGUGACUUUACUUUUCUUCUUCAAUCCCUACAAUG